UCAACUAAUACAGUAUUUCAGUUUUGUCCUAUGUAGAGAUAAAAGGAGCAAUCAGAGUAUUAAAAUGGGGUGCAACACAAAUGAGCAAGCAUGACAUGAACAGUCUGACCCACCACAUCAUUACCAUUUGAAUCAGAUACAUUUAUAUGAAAAGCCACUAAUCAUGCUCUGAUCAGCGAAUGUUCAUGGAAUGCUUAGUGUGUCAAUACGGACAUUACGAACGAAACGUAUUACCUACGCAUUCAGCUCACAUCAGGCUCUCAAUACAUACCUGAUACAUACUUUUAAAUUGCUGAAAGACGGUGAAUGAGAAAUAGUUAAUUAAUUGUUCCAGAGAGAAUAUGUUUUUUUUUACGUGGGGUAUUCACUGAAUCCCUGCGACCGUGACGGACAGAAGAUAUCAAGGAAUAUUGUACAGGAUAGAAAAUUAUUUCCUUCUCUCUCUGUUUCCACUUUUGACGCUUUUACGCCAUAUUGCCAUGUUUGUGACGAUGUAAUCAGGACUUUAAAGUUUGUGGGCCUUCAUGUUGUUGGCAUAAAUAUUAUUCUUGUAGAGGAGAAGGAAAACGUAACGCGAAUGUAGGACCAACAAGUGAAUUUAUUAUGUGAAACUAAUUGAGGUAAUUUAAACUUCGGGGAUAUGUGUAUUGGAAAAUUAAAUUGGCAUUUGUGCUGAUUUUAGUAAUUUCCUUGCAAUGAUGUAGUGAGAUGCAUUGAUUAUCACACCAGUGAACAUCAUUAUAACUGUAAUGCAGUUUGAAGAACUUGAUCUUGCAAUUGAAAAUGAAACUGCGGCGAUUGAAUUUGCUGUGCAAAGAAAUUUACUUCCAGAAAAAAGAACAAUAUGUCCAAAAUGUACAGUUGGACAUGUUGGAUGGUAUAAACGCUCCAAUGAAAAGCUUAAAGUGCCUUUUUCUUUAAGAUGUUCAAGAAAACGGUGCCGUAAAAAGUGGUCUGUUACAAAAAACACAUGGUUUUUUGGAUCUCAUUUGAGUGUUCGGCAACAUUUUAUGCUCAUUUACUUCUGGAUUAGAGGGGAUAGCAUUGCUGAAGCUGCUGAACAGCUCAAGUUGAGUAAGACAACUGUUAUGGACUAUUAUCAGUUUUGCAGAGAAGUUUGUUUUGUGAUAGUCAGUAAUCGAACUAAACCAAUUGGGGGACCAGGACACGUUGUUGUGAUCAACGAAUUUCAAGUUGAUAGAGUUAUUGCAACUCAGAGGAGAAGGGUUUUCUUUCUUGAAGGCGUUGAUCAAAAAACAAAUGAAUGUUUCUUAAUUGAAAUUCAAAAGCAUGAUGCUCAAACAAUUGUCCCUCUUCUGAGAACAUUUGUAUUAGAGGGUUCCAAAAUAAUUACAAAUACUUGGGAAUCGUACAACAGACUUAGCACAGAAGAAUUUCAAAAGGAACUGCUUGAUUUUGUUGUUGAAUAUGUAGAAUUAGAUACACCUGAUGGAAAGACUCAAAAAGUUAAGUGUAUGUGGCGUACAGCAAAAAGAUUUAUUGAUUCUCAAAGUGAAGAAUCACACAGUCGAGAUUUUUUACUUUUUCAAUAUCUAUAUUUUCAUCCUAUUGAAUUUCUAAGUACUGGUGAAAAGUUUGAUAGAUUCCUAGAAGAUAUUUCUAAAGUAUAUCCUGGCCCAUUCAAACAUCCAUUGACAGCUGUGGUUUACUAGAGAUACUUACUGAUAUUCUUAUUACUUCAUAAUGGCUGGUGCUCAGAAUGUGCCAGUAUCUGAAAUAAUUCGGAGCAAAAGUGCUCUCGAUGACGAUGAGCCAAAAAAGAAAUCUCGUGAGGAUUGGAGGAAAGCAAAAGAACUUGAAGAAGCACGAAAGUACAUUUCAUCUGCACCAUGGUACUUUGGAUCAAAAGGACCAACAUUAAAACAUCAGAGGCCUCAACCAGAGAAACAGAAACAAUUUUCUAGGCUUGAUGAAUGGUAUAAAAGAGGAGUAGAUACGACAAAGGUGGCAAUAAAAUUUAGAAAAGGAGCAUGUGAAAAUUGUGGUGCUAUGACACACAAAAGGAAAGAUUGUAUGGAGAGGCCUCGGAAAGUUGGAGCAAAAUUUACAAAUGCUAAUAUUGCACCAGAUGAAUUCAUGCAACCAGAACUUGCCUUGGACUAUGAUGGUAAGAGAGACAGAUGGAGUGGUUAUGAUCCUUCUCAACAUAAAGCAAUUGUGGAAGAAUAUCAAAAAAUAGAAGAAGCAAAGAGGCAACUUCGAGCUGAAAAGUUGAGCAAAAGUAUUGAAGCUGGAGAAGAUGUAGAAGUUGGAGAUGUUGCUGAAGAUGAUGAAGACAAAUAUGUGGAUGAAGUAGACAUGCCUGGAACCAAAGUUGACAGCAAGCAGAGAAUUACCGUGCGAAACUUGCGUAUUCGAGAAGAUACAGCCAAAUAUUUGCGAAAUCUGGACCCCAAUUCUGCUUAUUAUGAUCCAAAGACACGUUCCAUGCGAGACAAUCCCAACAAUGCUACUUCAGAAGAUACUGAUUAUGCUGGUGAAAAUUUUGUCCGAUUCACUGGUGAUACUCAGAAGCAUUCUGUGGCUCAACUGUUUGCUUGGGAAGCUUAUGAGAAAGGUGUUGAUGUUCACCUUUUAGCAGAACCAACAAAAUUAGAAAUGUUGCAGAAGGAAUAUGACAAGAAAAAAGAUCAGUUUAAAAGUCAAGUACAAGACAGUAUAUUAAAGAAGUAUGGAGGAGAAGAACACCUGCAGGCACCUCCAAAAUCUUUGUUGCUUGCCCAGACAGAAGAUUAUGUGGAGUAUUCACGCUAUGGCAAAGUCAUUAAGGGUCAAGAGAAACAAGUUGUACGAUCUAAAUACGAAGAAGAUGUGUUCCCUAACAACCAUACAUCAAUCUGGGGUUCUUUCUGGAGAAAUGGGAAAUGGGGAUACAAAUGCUGUUAUUCUUUCAUUAAGAAUUCUUAUUGCACUGGUGAAGCUGGCAAAGCUUCAUCUGCAGAUAAUGAUACAGUGGACAAACCUUCAACAUCAGGGGAAGGUAAGGAGAAGGAGUUAACAAAAUCUGAGGGGUCAUCUUCAUCAUCUUCAGAGUCAUCUACAGAGGAUGAUAGUGAAGAAGAAAAGAAAAAAGCAUCAGAAGAGCGAAAGCUGAAAAAGAAACUUCAGAAAAAAAUGAAAAAAGAUCUGAAAAAGGAAAAGAGAAAAUUGAUGAAAGGAAAAGAAAAACUAGCACCAGAGAAAACUGUGGAAGAAAAAUUAAAGGAAGCUCUGAAUCAAGAAGAAAUCAAUCAACAAGAAGGUGCCCGUCUGGCUGCAUUAGAUGAUCGAAAAAGGCCAUACAACAGCAUGUUUGAAGUGAAGAAGCCAACAGAUGAAGAAAUGGAAGCAUAUUACAUGAAGAAGAAGAGGGAUGAAGAUCCAAUGGCUCAGUUCAUGACUCAAAACAAAGUAGCUGAAGAAGUAAAGGACCUACUUAAAACUGUGUAUGAUUUUACUAAAAAUCAAGAAGAUUCAGACCAAAAUCAAAACGCUCUUCCCAAAUUGGUUAUUAAAGACUUUGAUGAUGAGCAGAUCUGGCAAGAAUUGGAAUUACAAAAUUCAGCUAAAUAUGCAAAGUUUAUAUCAGACAUACCUCGGUUGCUUGCAUCCAGAGAUAGAUUGUAUUUUCAGCUUGAAGAUGAGGGAAAUAUUUCAAAAGAAACUGACAAUAUGUUUGAGAGUGAAGAUGAUGAAAAUGAGGGUGAAGAUAACUUAGGCAUUUAUAACAAAGGUUCUUGGCAAGAAAAAGAAAGACCUGAAAAGAUUAAAAAAGAAGUAUCAACAUGUAAAAUACAACCUUCUGUUGUUGAUGAUCAAUUUUUUAAGCUUACACAGCUUGAAGAAUUUCUGGACAAAGAAGAUAGGAAGGAGAACAAAAAGCAUAAAAGGAAAAGAACGGAUACUAGUGAUAGUAAUGAAUCUGAUGUUUCUGUUGACCUCUUUGAGGACAUUCCUUCAGAUGAAAAUGAGAGAGAAGAAGGAGGGCCCCGAUAUGAUGAGUUUUUUGAUGCUCCAGAAGAUCAAGGAAGUCAGCCGAUAAGUAAGAAACGUAAAAGAGAUAAUGUAGAUGUGGAGGAUGGAGAUGAAGAAGAGGAAGAUGAAUUUUUAAUUAAUGAGUGUAAUGAUGGUGAUGAUAAUUAUUUCAUUUAUCUGAGGAAUACUAUUUACCAUUGUAGCCAACUACUUUUUGGAGCAGAUUGGAUGUGCACCAUCAUUUUAAAGAAUGGCUUAUUAUUUAUUUAUUAUUUUUUCCAUGAAUCACUUUUCUCUGUCUACCGUUUAAUGCUUCUUUCCUUUCUUCUUCUCCCUCUUUCUUGCUUUGUUAAAUUUAGAUUAAAACUAAAGGAAAUGUUUGACAUGUCACCGGCAAGCAGCACUGACAGUGAAUCUGACACUGAUGGUAAGAAGAGAAUUGAGGAUAAUGAUGCCACAAGAACUAAAUCUACUUUUGAAAUACGUCAAGAACGUCUCAAGGAGCGUAUUAAGUCAUUGGAAGAGAAGGCUCUUGCAGAUAAGUCAUGGCAACUGAAGGGUGAAGUGGCAGCAACAAAUCGACCCCAAAACUCCUUGCUGGAAGAGGUCUUGGAAUUUGAUAUGACUGUUCGACCUGCUCCUGUAAUGACAGAACAGACUACUAUGAAGUUGGAAGACAUCAUUCGUCAACGAAUUAAAGAUAAGUCUUGGGAUGAUGUGGAGCGUAAGGUGAAACCUACAAUGGCCCCAGAUGAAUACAAGAAGCAAUUGGAGUACCUAAAACAGAAAGAUGCCCAGAACCCUACUGUUGAUGAGAAACCAGAAGAGGAAUCUCAGGAACAUCGUACAAUACGUUCUAUGACAGCUGCUCUGUUUGCUAAACUGGAUGCUCUCACAAAUUUCCAUUACACACCAAAACCGGUCAUACCAGAGGUGAAAAUUGUUAGCAAUAUUCCUGCCAUUACAAUGGAAGAAGUUGCUCCUGUAGGUACUAGUGAUGCUACCCUUUUGGCCCCCGAGGAAGUGAAGGCUAAGGAACGAGGUGAUGUUUAUGGAAAAGAAGAACGCACAAAAACAGAUAAGAAACGCGAAAGACGAAAGAAGAAACAACUUCAGAGUAAGCGACAAAAGGAAAAAGAACAACGAGAGAAAAUUGUUCAAAAGCUUAAUCCUGGACUUGGCAAUAAAUAUAGUAAGGAGCGAGUCAUGGACACUUUGAAGAAAGUAACUAAAGACAGAAAUGUUCAACAGUUGGAAGAUGAGGGCAAAGACAAAGGCAUUCGUUCUUCGACAGCAUUUUUCAGCCGCCUUCAAGAAGAAGUGGCUGAAAGAAAAAGAGAAAAUUUCUGCAAAGAAAAUAAAAUUAUAAAAACAAUUUUGUGGUAUAUUUUGUGUAGAAAAAUUUCUUCUCUAGGUGUAGAAAAACACACAUCUGUAUUCAUUGUCAAUUCUUGUGCACUUUUGAAUCUUUUAUAUUUGCUUAUUUAUCAUUUAAAAAUAGCCAAUACUUUGUAUGGCAUAUGGAGGAAAAGUGCACAUUUGCUCAAUGUAGCAAGGGAGACUGAAGAAGAAGAAAAAGGAAAAACAACAACAACAACAACAAAAAACGUAUCAAGAUGGCUUACUUCUACGACGUCCGAUGAGGACGACCCCAGCGGCAGCAAGUACGCCCGGAUGGAGGAGGAGAGCAUCCAGGACAAGGAGCGGGAGAACCACUGCGAAAUCGAGCGCCGGCGCCGCAACAAGAUGACGGCCUACAUCACCGAGCUGUCGGACAUGGUGCCCACUUGCUCCGCGCUGGCUCGCAAGCCCGACAAGCUCACCAUCCUGCGCAUGGCCGUGGCACACAUGAAGGCGCUGCGUGGCACGGGCAACACCAGCACGGACGGCACCUACAAGCCCAGCUUCCUCACGGACCAGGAGCUGAAGCACCUCAUCCUGGAGGCGGCGGACGGUUUCUUGUUCCCGGGGCUGGACUACAGCCUGCAGCGGCGCGACGCCGUCUACCCGCACAUGAUCUCGUCGGCGGCGGCGCACCUGCAGAGCGGGCAGGCGGCGGCGGCGGCUGCGGCGGCGGCCGCGGCGGCGGCGGCGGCGGCGCAGCGGCCGAGCAGUGCGCAGAACGUGUACGCGAGCUACGGCGACCCGGGCACCCACUCGCCCAUCGCGUACGGCUCCCCGGGCGCGGGCCAGCAGCAGCAGGGCGGCGGCGGCGGCGGCGCGGGACCCGGCGGCUCCGUGCUCAGCCGCAUCGGCAAGGCCACCACCACCAGCCCCACGCCCGCGCAGACUGCCAGCCCGUGACGGAGGGUUACCAGUACAGUCAGCUGAGCCCCAGUCGGUCGCCCAGCGGCCCCACGUACACGCAGCUGAGCGGCGGGGCGCGUGCGGCCGCGUCGGCGUACCAUGCACCCACGUCAGCGGCGGGCGGCGCGGGCAUGUGGGCGUGGGGCCAGAGCGCGGGCGGCG